AUGCCGCCCGACAGGAUCUGCAACGAUGAAAUGAUAGUAAAUACAUCUUAUCGGUUGCAGAUAUCACACCCACAACAAGCGCAGAUGACCUAUAGGUUACUGCGCUACUGGCUUAAAUGCCUUUUUGAUUGUGCCCGAUUGAGAUCCAACUGUAACUGUAGAAGACAGAUAUUCUCCUUGAACUACAAAGAGCUCUCUUGUCUUGACUGA